AUGCUGCCCCAGCUGUUUCCUGUUGAAAAUGUCUGUGUAAUGUAGAUAAAUGUGAGGGAUUUUCUCUCUAAAUCCGUCUCCUGUUCGCUAAAUCUCACUUCUCCAAAACGAGCCUGCGCAAUGGAACAAAGUCGGAAUAUUGAGAUGUGACAUUGCCCGCAUCUCAUCCUCUUUCUCCCCGUUUUUAAUGACUUCAAACAAGUUCAUUUUCGCCGGGCUUUGUCUUGCGGAGACCCGUGGGGAUGUCUAGCGCUCUUUCUUUUCAGUGGCAUUUAUGUGAUGUCUUCAAGAGUGCGAUGUGCUGUAUCUCCUGUAGCCACACCCUCUCACUACUGCUGUGCGUCCUCACCCUGACUCCGACGGCAACAGGGGCGGGCCCAGAGACCCUGUGCGGGGCGGAGCUGGUCGACACGCUGCAGUUUGUGUGUGGAGAGAGAGGCUUUUAUUUCAGUAAACCGACAGGCUACGGGCCAAAUGCACGGCGGUCACGUGGCAUCGUGGACGAGUGCUGCUUCCAAAGCUGCGAGCUGCGACGCCUGGAGAUGUACUGUGCACCCGUCAAGACUAGCAAGGCUGCUCGUUCUGUGCGCGCACAGCGCCACACAGAUAUGCCAAGAGCACCUAAGGUUAGUACCGCCGGGCACAAAGUGGACAGAGGCACAGAGCGUAGGACAGCACAGCAAGCAGACAAGACAAAAAACAAAAAGAGACCUGCAGCUGGACAUAGUCAUUCAUCGUUUAAGGAAGUGCAUCCGAAAAACUCAAGUCGAGGCAGCACAGGGGGCAGAAAUUACCGAAUGUAGGGAAGGAACGAAUGGACAAAUGCCCAGCGACUUGGGAAGAGAGAAGGGAGUGGCCUUACCUGGUACCCCUGUGGAAUGGUUCACUGUAAAACAAAAACAAGGAGGCCAACAAUGGUCCGAACACUCUUAGAAGUAAUUGAGAGCUAAGAGGUGUUUGUGGUUUUCGAUGAUGGUUCUUGUGAUUAUUUUAAUACACUGCACCAUUCCAUAUAGGGAGGAAUUCUUUGUUAAUGCAAUGUAACAAACUAGUUUAGCUGCUGAGACACGAACAAGAGCUUAUUUUACCUCCACGUGUGAGCUGCAGCGUCCUCUGGCUCCAGGAAAAGGUGUAAACGGAUGUGGGCUUCAGCCAAUCAGAGAGCAGCAGGCUUGAGAAUUUGUGGUUAGUUCUGUCCUUCAAACUUUGCAGAGCUAAAUCUUUUUAAUCAAGAUAAAACAUUUUAUUUUUAUGCACCAUGCAUUACUGAGGUUGUUUUUUUUCCAUAAGUAAAACCAGGUUGUCUUUACAGGGCGAAGACCAGGUGGUUCAGUAUUAGUUAUUUUCACAAUUAGCCCGAGUCAAAUCUCUACUUUUCAUUGACAAAAAAGCAGGGUUCUUCUAUCCAAGUGGAAACCUUGAGGGUUUGAGUGCGAUCCAAAUCCUGUCUAAGCUUCAGGAAGUGUUGAGAGCCUGAAAAACACAAUCCAAAAACUUCUGUAACAACAGAACAAGCGCCAUUAGCGGGGGGAUUUUAAAAGGAACAGUGAGUACUACCAAAACACCGUUGUGAUUAACCAAAAAAAACUUAAAUAACCAGAAGCUAAAUUGAAUUUAAAUUUCUCUGGCUUGUUAGAACAUGGUGCUUGUGUGGUUGUCAGAAAUGGGUCAAUCAGUGAAAUCAAAGUGCAUUUGGCAAAAGUCAGUGGAAUAAGUCAAAUAUCGACAAUCAGGCAAAAUGUUUGUCGUCUGCAUCGGUUUCACAUGUCGCCACUGUGGCCAAAUCCAAUUUUUUUUUUUUGUCAACAAUCCAGUGGCCGGUGAUCAACAUUUGAGUCUGAGUGGAGGCCUGUGUUCAAGGUCAAGUGCGAGUCAUCAAAGUUUAGUCACAGCAAGUCAACAAAGCUUCAAAUUCAGUGAAAAACCUUUCAGCAACAUGUUAGUUUAAGAGAGGCUUUAUCAAAAAGCUUUACCAAUAGAAAGUGUAUUGAUUGAAAUAUCUUGGUCUGUGUCAUUUUGUUAGUUUACAGAGGACAAGAAUUCUUCUCGCUUUAGUUGUUGGUUGUUCUGCGUUGCUUUCAAUCAGUGCAAGAAUACAAAGAAAAUCUGCAUCCGUUUGCGAAAUCCAACAAAGACAAAACACAAAAAGAUAACAUGAUUUGGUCCAUAUUGCACACCAAAACGGCGAGUCUUCCUGUAAAUGUGAGAUACGGCACACACAUAACAGAACACAAACACAUCUACAAAGCACCCACAGUGUAAAUGAGAGUUGUGUAACCAUGAGCAAGGGUCAGGCGAACACAAACACAUGUUUCAUAAAAAAACAGUUCUAGGAAAUCCUUGCAUGGGGACUGACAGUCAUGCCUGUUUGUUCAAGCCUCUGUGUGGAUUUACAGUAAUUUUAUCUCACACACACACACACAGAAAAAAAAACCGCCCAAGACAUCUCAACUCCGGCUCUGCCUCCUCUGCCUGUGUAUAAUCAAACAGUACUCCCAUUUAUGUUAACCUAUGCAUUACUAUCAUUCAUUGUACAUGAUGGUUUCAUAUAACAAAACUGUAUUAAGAAUCCUAUCCACUGUAUAAUGGUGCUAUUUUGUAGUUUGUUACUUGCAAGAGAUGGCUAAGACAGACAGAUGGCAGGGCUUCGGAGGUCUUCCCUUUUGCACAGCCUUGUGGCCACCAUUUUAAUAGUGUUUUUAUUUGUAAGCUGUUUCAAUAAGGUAGUAGUGUAAGCGAGUAAAUGUAACUGUGUGAAAUCUGUGAAUGCAUGGAGAUUAAAAAAAAAGAAAAGAAAAAAAGAAAAUACAAUGUUGUGGUCCCAAGAAGGCAAAAUGCUAUUUUUUCUACUGUUUUUGAAUUAUUUUCUCAAAAUACAUCCCUUAUGCCAAAUAACUUGACAAAAGUACUGUGAACUGUAAUUCUUUCAAUUGUAUUAAGAUUGUUAAAAUUCAUGGUGUGCUUUUGUCUGAUGAGUGUGUUCAUGCACUUCACUGGAAGCCAAUGUGAUGAUUGUAAAAGAAAAUACUUAAAGCGAGACUUUGUAACUUUUGCUCAACAGCGCCCUCUGUGGCGACAUGUCAGAACAACAUAAUGAUGCUUUUAAAACUAAAAUGUAGUAUGUAAGAGCCAGUGUUAUAACACGUAAUAUCACAGAGCAGCUAGCUUAAAGACAAAAUCUUCAAUUGCUUGCAGAGAGUUACAUGAGAGAGCGACACCGUUUCCAUGUCUUUUAGUAAAAUGUUAGGCCGAAGCCAAGGGCUAGCUAGCUUAGCUUAGAACAAAAAGAAAAAGAGCAAAAAAACCUUUAUCAAAAGUUAACAAAAUCCACUUCACAAGACCCGUUUACGUCCGUUUUUUCUUUGAACGUUGAAUCAAAGCUAUGUGAGCAGUCGCCAUAGAAACUAUGCUGUACUGUACAUCGAUAAAUGAUGAACUGUACGUCUUACAUAACGCUUUGUUACGGACAGCAGCCGCUGUAGUUAGUCCACUUGUUAGCAGCGUGUAGUUUUUAGCUAGCUGCAACAGCCUUUAGGCUUCUACAUUAACAUUAAAGUAGCUGUAAUGUCAGUAAAAGUAACUUUUGUUGAAUAUUUAUUUGCUCCCAAUACAAAAUUAUAAUAAUUCGAUGAUGUGGUGUCACCUAUUUAUGCUAAGGCACAGGCUCUGUGUAGAUCGAGUCAAGUCACAAGAAUGUAAAACGUACGCUAGUUUUUAUCAACUCGGUUUAAAAGUUAAAUGAAACAAGACGUGUCGGUGUUGGUGUGUUACCUUUAGAACUGCAGUUAACCAGAGCAAAGCUAGCUGUUUAGCCAAGUUAAAAAUCACGCUAGGCUAAGCUAACUACUGUCUGGCUAUAUCUUGAUAUUUCACAUAAAGAUUUGAAAACCCGACAAAUAUUCUCGUCUGACUCUUAGCAACAGUUCAACUUAGUAUCGGGCUAUUUAACCUAAAUUGUAAUCCUUGCAUUAAGUUUGCUUAAAUUUGCUUUGUCAUACCAGACCAAACCAGGCAGUAGUGAUAAAACUAUUUUUUUUAAUUAGCAGGGGUGCAUUUAGUUGCUUUUCGUUUUAACUCCUGAUUUGCAUGAACAAGAAUGUGACAUUCUGCAAAAUUACAUAGUCUCGCUUUAAGAAGAACAAGCCAGGAGUUUAAUUUAUUUUGACCAAAACAUUUGUUAGCAGCUCUUUGAAUCAAAAUGUGCUUUCACAGGCAAAUUUAAGAGUGUUUUUUAAUUUUUUUUUUAAAGAUUAGGAUUUUAAAAAUGGAAAUUUGAAUAUGCACUUUGUCUAUUUUGUACAAAUGCAGUCAAUCUGGCGGCUGAAACGAAAAAGUAUCUGGUAGGAGAACAAGGCUGCUCCUCCCAGAUUUUCAGAAUAAAGUACAGACCAAAGACUUUUUAACGAGAACAACGCCUCACUUAUUAUUAUUAUUAUUAUGCCAUGAACUAAUCCAGAUCAUUAAAUAUUUUUUAAAUGCCA